GGCGAAAAAAAUCGGAAGGCGAAUAUCAUGAUCCGUGUGAACGUUCCGAAUUUUAUCAUAUGAGUGAUCUCACUAAACGGGCUGCCCUAUUCGCUGGGCCAGAUGAAUACGAUUCGCGCUACUUGGAGAGCAGCCUUGCGUUUGAUCCGCUGUCAGAGCUGGAACCGGUUGCUAAACGACCGAGGCCGUCCGAGAGGAGUAAGUGCUUUAUCAGUCAUUCUGAAAAAAAAAAUUAAGU